CCAGAGAAAAAAAAAACAACAAUAACAAACACGUUGAUAACAAAUUAGAUUUGGUAUUUACGACAGAAAAACAACAUUCAAUUUAUAUAUAUAUACUAAUAGAAGUGAAUUAAUUAUGAUAAAUUUGUAUACAUCUUUUAUUCGUUAAAUGAUAAAAAUGUAGCAUAAUAAAACAGAACAAAAAAAAUGCAAACGAUGAAUUGUAUGUGAUUUGUUUGUUUUCAUUAUUUCAUCAAAGUUCCCAUUGAGAUGAUCAACGACGAUAUGUGAGUCAGCGUUCAUCAUUUAGCGGCAUUUGAUAAAUGGUAUUUAAAUUAUGCAAAACGAUGUCACCGGGUUGAGGUCAUCUUUCUUCUUCUCAUUUCAACAAAUAAUCUUAUUCUUCGACUAGAAAAAAAAAUUGUCUACCAUCCCGAUACGAUGUUUGCUCAGAAUUUUUUCGAUAUUAUGUUCGGAUUUGUAUCGCACGCGAGACAAAAACGGGUUUUCACAUUUUUUGACUUAUUUGUGCGUCGUUAAACCGCUUCUAAAAUAAGAAAUUCAGAAUGAUUAAAUGGAAAACACAACUAUUUCAUAUUCAUAAUCUCCAGUAUGCUAAUGAGGUGAUACGUUUCGAUCUAGGGUUCGACAAGUAAAAUAAACAAUUCGUGCUUAUCAAAGAAAAAUCUUUCAUUCCGUUGAUUAAUUAGAAGGAAAAAAAAAUGCGUGUGUGAUCAAAUUCAAUGAUGUAAUAAUGCGUUGAUCUCGACCCUGUUUUAUGCGUCUAUUUUCAAUCCAAUAAAUGUAUUUCAUAAUAUCUUUUUCUUAUGAAUUUUUAAUCACUUCCUUAUAUUUUUGAGAUGAGACGUUCAACAUACCUUUUAGACUGUUGCCAUUUGGAUUUUACCGAGACUGUUUGGUGCUUGUAUGCCAUGGAAAUGAAUGAAGCUUCGUUAUAAUUCUUUUGAAACAUGCAGAAAGUAAAAGGGAACAGUUUUGAACUUUAUAUUUUUUUUAAGAUAAAUAAAGGUGAAUGAAAUUAGUGCUGGGCUAAUUCACCGUUUAUGUGGCUACAAUCCAAAAUUGCACGCACUUCCUAAAAUAGCACUGAAGGACAGAAGGACGGAAGGGCAGACUGUAUACAGAAGAAAAAGAUGUUGCGUGACCAUUCACUUAAGCAUAAAUAAAUUCUACUUUGCUAUGAAUUCAUUAGGAUCAUUCUCUGGACAAUCGGACGAUAUAUAAACAUGCGACACACAAGAAUCCUCAAUCAGUUGCCUAUUCGUUGCUGAAGUGUUCAUAGAUUUAUUCUUUUAUUUCAAUAUGAAGGUGUUCAUUUGUUUAGUGGCUUUAUUCGCUGUUGCGAAUGCAGGACUUAAUAUUGGAUCUCUUCUCGGAUCGAAGUUUGGUGGCUCUGGAGGAGGUUCAAGUGGAGGAGGCGUGAAUCUUGGAUCCCUUUUGCAGUCAAAAUUCGGCGGUGGUGGUGGAGGCGGCGGUAACACCCAAACUAUCAAAGUAAUUCACGUUAACGGAGGAUCAUCAGGCGGUGGCUAUUCAUCAGGUGGACACGGAGGUUGGUCUGGAAAUGGUGGUGGCUACUCAUCAGGUGGCUAUUCAGCACCAGCUCAAGUCUAUCAUGUCUACACUGUCCCAUCAAGUGGAGGCUACUCAUCAGGUGGAUACGGAGGUGAUAGUGGUUGGUCCAAUAGCGGUGGAAACAACGGCUGGAGCAGCGGUUGGUAAUGAAAAACAUCCCAACCAAAGAUCUUGAUCAAGCGUACAAACUCCAUACUUUAUUUGAAUAAAAAAAAGUGAUGAAAAA